GGGCCUCAACGUGUAAAAUUUAGGACAUCCAUCCUAUGUGCAACAAACGCGGUUGGGUCUCAUGAAAUGCCUAUAAAUACGGACACAUUCUCAAAGCAAACUCACCUCACAACUAAAUCUUAAGUAGAAAGAGUGAACAUGGCUAGUCACAAAAAUCUCUUCUUUCUAUGUUUCAUAAUAGGUUUAGGGUUAUGUUCUGCAAGACGAGCACUUCUCUCCUCCUCUGAAUCCGAGGCUGAAGUCGCUGCCUAUGGCGUGAAAAGUGGUUUAAGUGUCGGUGUUGGUGUUGGUAUAGGUGGUGGUGUUGGUGGUGGCGGCGGAGAAGGUGGCGGUGCUGGCUACGGUGGAGCUGGUGUUAUUGGCGGAGGUGGAGGUGGUGGACAUGGUGGUGGUGCUGGAGGAGGCGGCGGCGGCGGUCCUGGAGGAGGAUCUGGUUACGGAGGUGGAAGCGGUGAAGGUGGUGGAGCUGGUGGGCAUGGUGAGGGACAUAUUGGUGGAGGCGGAGGUGGUGGACAUGGUGGUGGUGCUGGCGGAGGAGAUGGUGGUGGUCCUGGAGGAGGCUACGGAGGUGGAAGUGGUGAAGGUGGUGGAGCUGGAUACGGAGGAGGAGAAGCUGGUGGGCAUGGUGGAGGUGGAGGAAGCGGAGCAGGCGGCGGUGGAGGAGGUGGCGGUGCACAUGGUGGAGGGUACGGUGGUGGACAAGGUGGUGGUGCUGGAGGAGGAUAUGGAGGUGGAGGUGCAGGUGCCGGUGGACAUGGAGGUGGUGGAGGCGGUGGAAAUGGUGGUGGUGGAGGAGGAGGUUCUGGCGAAGGAGGAGCUCAUGGUGGUGGUUACGGAGCAGGAGGUGGAGCUGGAGAGGGAUAUGGUGGUGGUGCAGAAGCUGGAGGACAUGGUGGAGGAGGAGGAGGUGGUGGUGGUGCCGGAGGUGGAGGAGGAGGUGGUGGAGGUUAUGCUGCUGCUUCAGGAUAUGGUCACGGUGGCGGUGCUGGUGGUGGAGAAGGAAGCGGUGGCUAUGUACCCUGAAAAAAUAUCUCUAUGGAGCAUAACGGCCAUUGAGUGAAGUGUCAUAUCUAGUAAGGGACUACUAUAUAUAGUUUCAAGAUAUAUAUAUGUGGCAAUAAAUAGAGUAUUCCUUCGUAUAAUUAGCCGUUAAAAGGCGGCUAUUGUUGAAGUUUUUAAAUUGUACCAAUAUUGUUGUAAGCUACUACGUGUGUGUCAAGUUUUCAUAAAUGGAGAUCAUAGUUGUUCCUAAGUAA